CAGGAGCAAAGCUGGCUGGGGGCGUUGGACUUGUGCUUACCGUCGCUUCCUGCUGCCCUUAUUUAUUAACUACGUACUCACAUUUAAGCAACGUUAUGCCGAUCAAGUGACGAAAAGUAGCCGGUCACAGACGGCGGUUGCUGAGCAAUUUGUAAUGAGCGCGUGCUGACGCCGAUUUUAAGGGGAUUUCACAGAACGGUACUUUUUCACGAGCAGACGCUCUCUCCGUUCGCGAUCAGCCAUGGACGUGAACGCCUUGGAGGCCGAGGCCAAGGCGACGGCGAUCAAGCACAUCGUCACGAUGCUUCAGGUGCCCGAACAGCUGGAAAAAGUUCAGCAGUACAAGAAGCGCGUGAGUCGCAAGAAGGCGUCCAUCGAUGCUAUGCUCAAAACGGCCCUACAGUCACAGCUCGACGGCUUCCGUACGGCGCUAAAUCUGCAGAAGUCCAUCCCGGGCGACCUGCUUGAAAUACAGCACAACCUCAACGAAGACGUCCAGGAAAUCUUCAAGUCGCUGCCAGGCCUCACUGAACGGCUGCAGGAGGUGAAAGAAGAGAGCAUCCGGCACUCUCAGUAUGGCGCAGCCAUUGAGAACUUGAAGCACAUCUUCAAUGUGCCGGGCAGCGUGCAGAAGACGCAGGAGCUAAUUGCCAACGACAAGCUGCUCCAGGCCCACCAGGCCCUGUCGGAGCUCGAGAACUCCCGCGAUGAUCUUCUCUACGAGCUGCACAAGCUGCCCAGCCAGAGCGUGACUGACCGCAACAUGCUCAAGCAGUACUUCGCAGAUGUGGAGAAGCUGUCCGACGACCUGGGCAAGCAGAUCUGGCUGGUGCUCAAGAGGACGCUUAACUCGGUGCGCAAGGAACCGCAGGUAGUGGUGACCGCGCUGCGCAUCAUCGAACGCGAGGAGCGGCGCGACCAGGCGGCGCUAGAGCGUCAAAAGUCCUCGGGCGGUUUCCUGCCACCGAGCAGACCCAAGCAGUGGAGGAAGCGCUGCUUUGAGGUGCUGGAGAGUGCAGUCGAGGACCGCAUCGAAGGCAACCAGUUUGAGGACCGGCACGAGAACAAAAUGUGGCUGGUGCGACACCUGGAGGUGACGCGGCAGAUUGUCCUGGAUGACCUGAGGACUGUCAAGACUGUCUGUGCUCCCUGCUUCCCGCCUGAAUAUGACAUCUUCAACAGGUACGUGCGCAUGUACCACAGUUGCCUGUCGCGCCACCUGCAGAGCAUCAUUGCUAAUGAGCUGGAGGGCAAUGAGUACAUCACAGUGCUGGGCUGGCUUACGGUGUACACGAGCGAGGAGCUGAUGGGCCACCCGGACCUGGCCCUAGAGACCCACUCGCUGGAGCCCCUGCUGGGUCGUCAGGACGUGCAGCAGCUCAUCGACAAGUACCUGGGCACGCUGGUGGCCAACUACCAGGACUGGCUGCGCAACGCGCUUCAGUCGGAUGUCAAGGACUGGCACCGCGAGUGUGAGCCCGACAUGGACAGUCGCGGCUGCUACCACACCUCGGCGCCCAUGAUCGUCUUCCAGAUGGUCGACCAGCAUCUGCAGGUUGCCAAGACGGUCGGUCCGGACCUGGUGCGCAAGGUGCUGACCAUUAGCCUGGAGCAAACGACUAAGUUCGUGGCCUCAUACAUGGAGGCAGUGACCGAGUUCCGGGACCGCCACUUCGAGGAUCGAAGCGUGCGAGAGUAUUUCACCCACUACGUCAUCGCUGUGGCCAACAACUGUCUCCAGUUCCAGCAACUCUUUGAGAAGUCCUACAGUGAUUGCUGCAGUGGCCAGGGCGCCCUGGCCAAGGGAGACAACGAGGUGUCACAGGUCUACCACCGACUGCAGCAGAGUCUAGAGCGGCUACAAGAGCGCACCCUAGACACGCUGCGCGACGAGCUCUUCCUGGACCUCAACAAGGAGCUGAUGGACGUGAUGACACGCAAGUGGCUGCUCACGGGAUCGAACAUCAUCGACACAGUCUCAGCCACGGUCGAGGACUACUUCCGUGACUAUGCCCGCCUGCUGCCUAAGAACCUUGAGACGCUGGCAGUCAAGGUGCAGUGGGCACUGGCUCGGUCGUACGUGCAGGCCAUCUUGCAGCGCAAGAUCACCUUCAAGGGUUACGAAGAGCGUAAGGAUGCAGCCGAGAAGAUCAACCGGGAGAGCGACAAGCUUGCCGAGCUGUUCAGGAAGGCCACACCGCCAUCAGCAGCGAGUUCGCGCAGAGGCGGUAGCAUGAGCUCGUCCCACGGUUCCUCGCCACUGGACGCGCUUCCGCUGCUCGCAGAGGUGCUCAAGAUGAAGGACACCAGCCUUCUCAGUCUCGAGGUGUCGGGACUCAUCAAGCGCUACCCCGACAUCUCGGGCGAGCACCUGCAGUCGCUGCUGCUGCUGCGCGGCGACAUGUCGCGCAACGAGGCGCGCACCCUCGUAGCCGAGAUGCGCUCGGACGACCAGCCUCACGGCAUCGGCGCCCCCAAGAGCGUCUUCUCCGAGAUUGUGCUGACAUAACUGUCUUCUAUGAGACGCUCAAGUGGACUAUCUUUUUCGGUGCAUUCGUGUGCUUGCGUGCAUGCCUGUGAAGAAGCGUGUUGGACUGGGGUUGGUUAUUACGUCGUAACAAUGAUAUUGAGCCGCACAUAAUACGUGACGGCGCGAAGAUGACUGAUGUAACAUCAUGAAUUGUAAUCAUUAUGCAGGUGUGGUCGCUAUUGAUUGAUUGAAUCCGCAAUGCUAUGCCACAUACCCGCUCGUGGGGUAUAGACCAGGACUGUGUAUUGUAACAUUUCGAUGAUAACGUGAAGAAUACAUAAUAAUAAAGAAAAUUUCUGUAAAUUAGGAAGAAGAAAGAAAUAAAAGCUAAUAUAUGAACGAAA